UACGAGCACCAGACCUGGUAUUGUGGAUGCAGAUUUUGGAAAAAGGGAAUCCCGAAUUAUUUACAGAAGUUUCUCAUCGCCUGCCUUUUUGGAAACCGUUGAAGGAUCUGUACCUCGGACAUUGACUGACGGGUUCAGAUAUUUGCGCAUUUCCCUCGUCGUACUUGGAUUGACACAGAGCUUAACUUUGAUUCUGGAAACAUGCUGAACAACAUGGAUUUAAACUCUCAAGAUUCAUUUUAUUCACACUUUGACACCUGUGGCGCCUCUUCCCUCGGGAUUGAGGCGAUUGGAUCAAAAGAAAACCAGGACAUUUUCAUUGACGCUGAGAGGCAAGCACCUGUUCAGUUUAGUCAAGAGAGUGCAACUAUUCACCCCAAAGCCGAAGCUUCGAACUCGGAUUUCUUCUUUGACCCAAGCGAGACGUCGAAAGGCAGCCGGUCGUCCUCCUUCGCAUACUCCGGCAGCUUCUACGUCGAGUCGUCACAGGGAGCCGCGUGCAGCACGGAGACCCUGCUCAACAUGAUCACGGAGAUAGUUGGCAUCUCUACGCUACCCAUCUCCGAAUUUCAGGGCGAUCCGGGGACGUCGUUUGCCAACGGCAGCGGCAGCUUUCCUGACGCGGGGUUUCAGAACCAAGCCUCCGCCUGCUCCGCGGACAGCGCCUCUCCGCCCGUAUACUCGCCCGAGAAGAUUUGCCAGGGCUAUCCCGACAUUCAGGCGAACCUGCAAGAUUCGCUUCCGCCCCAAACGAACUACGGUUCGCCGGCGCAGGCUCCAAACCAGGAGCUCCCAGAGCCGCAGCCACCGGCGACGUUUCCAGUAGUUGUCAAAAAUGAGUUCGAGAGCAGCUGUUACGAGUGGGACCCGUUCAGCAAAUCCGAUUCUUACUUGCCAACAAGUUUUGAGUCCGACAUUUUCCCGAUGUCUGGCGACUGCCCAUCUGACCAACAAGUGGAUGUUAAGGAUUUCCUCGACUCACUGGCACCCAUCUGCCCCACUGCAGAGGUCGAGUGCAAACUGGAAAGUGUUAUCAAGCAAGAGCCGUGCUUCACGGACAACUGCGCGCAGAGUUUCACGGGUCCUCUUUACACCAACUACCAAGUGCCAGUCAUGGACGUCUCAAAUAACGCGCUGAAAUCGGACGUUUUCUCCAGUAUUGGAGUCCAGCCUUUGACCAAUCAAAGCGACGCUGCUUACUCUUCCCCCGCUCUGACCAGCACGAUAGACUCGCUUCUUUAUUCAUCUCUGUUGCCAGACACCUUCGCGAGGAACUGCACGCGCAUGGACAAGCCAGCCCGUGUCCGAAAAACCCCGUCCACCUCUAACGGACCAGCCAAAGAAAAGCCUUUCUCCUGCCCCAUGGAGAACUGCGACAGGCGCUUCUCCCGAUCGGACGAGCUCAACCGACACAUUCGCAUCCACACGGGACACAAGCCAUUCCAGUGCCGCAUCUGUCUAAGGAGUUUCAGUCGUAGCGACCACCUCACCACGCACACCAGGACUCACACGGGCGAGAAGCCCUUUUCCUGCGACGUAUGCGGCAAAAGAUUCGCCAGGAGCGACGAGAGAAAGAGGCACGGGCGCGUGCACCUCAAACAGAAGGAGAAAAUGGAACUGAAGCCGCAGAUAAUUAGCACGUGGCCCUUUACUUUACCCGAGGGUAUCUGAUCACGCAUAUGCGCUUUAUGUGAGCUAUAUGUGCAUGGUAUCAAAUCUUUCCGUCUUGGAAGAUUGAAGCUUUCUGAAGCAGUUGACGACCGAUUGCAAGCUGACGUCUCAACGUUUGCGGUGUGACGUGUUGGUCCAGGUGACUUGGCAUACCGGCUUCCGGUGUGACUGUCACUCUGCGAGGGAACGGAAAGCGAGAAAGCCACAGUCUGAAAACAUGGCAACGUGCUUAGAAUGGGACCACAUCCUGGAGGAAAAUACACCUUUUCAACUAGUAUUUGCGUGCUGCAGACUGCCAACACUGGCGUUCUAUGCAACAAACGCGUAAACACUUCGUACAACUAAUGACCGACCACGUCUGGCGGAGUCAAUAACUAAACACCUCGAGACUAAAAGAGUGUCUUUGCUGUUACACUCACUUUGUACAGGGAGGUUCGAGAGAAACCCUGAAGCCUUGGUUUUGGUAAACGCACUUUCGAAACAGACUCAGACAGAUACCAAACUGGAAAAAGUGACCACAGCAGCAAAGCUGCGAAGU